CUCUAUAAUGAAGAAGUCCUUGACUUGUUUGAUACCACUCGGGAUAUCGAUGCAAAAAAUAAAAAAUCAAAUAUAAGAAUUCAUGAAGAUUCAACUGGAGGAAUUUACACUGUUGGAGUCACAACACGAACUGUGAAUACAGAACCAGAGAUGAUGCAGUGUUUGAAAUUGGGUGCAUUAUCCCGCACCACUGCUAGCACCCAGAUGAAUGUACAGAGCUCUCGUUCACAUGCCAUUUUUACCAUUCACGUGUGUCAAACCAGAGUGUGUCCCCAGAUCGACGCCGAGAAUGCCACCGAUAAUAAGAUGAUUUCUGAAUCAUCGCAGAUGAAUGAGUUUGAAACCCUGACAGCAAAGUUUCAUUUCGUUGAUCUGGCAGGAUCGGAAAGAUUGAAAAGAACUGGGGCUACUGGCGAGAGGGCAAAAGAGGGCAUUUCCAUCAAUUGUGGGCUGUUGGCUCUUGGAAAUGUAAUCAGUGCAUUGGGUGACAAAAGCAAGAGAGCCACCCACGUCCCUUAUAGAGAUUCCAAGCUGACUAGACUCCUGCAGGAUUCCCUUGGGGGUAACAGCCAAACAAUUAUGAUAGCAUGUGUCAGCCCUUCAGACAGAGAUUUUAUGGAGACAUUAAACACUCUGAAAUAUGCCAACCGAGCUAGAAAUAUCAAGAACAAGGUGAUGGUCAAUCAAGACAGAGCGAGUCAGCAAAUCAAUGCCCUCCGAAGUGAGAUCACACGCCUUCAGAUGGAGCUCAUGGAGUACAAAACAGGCAAAAGAAUAAUUGACGAGGAGGGCGUGGAGAGCAUCAAUGACAUGUUUCACGAGAAUGCUAUGCUCCAGACCGAAAAUAAUAACCUGCGUGUAAGAAUAAAAGCCAUGCAAGAGACCGUUGAUGCACUGAGGGCCAGAAUCACACAGCUUGUCAGCGACCAGGCCAACCAAGUUCUUGCCAGAGCAGGUGAAGGGAAUGAAGAGAUUAGUAAUAUGAUUCAUAGUUAUAUCAAAGAAAUUGAAGAUCUCAGGGCAAAAUUAUUAGAAAGUGAAGCAGUGAAUGAGAACCUUCGAAAGAAUCUGACCAGAGCCACAGCAAGAUCAUCAUAUUUCAGUGGGUCAUCUGCUUUCUCUCCCUCCAUACUGACUUCAGACAAAGAAACUAUUGAAAUUAUAGAUCUAGCCAAGAAAGAUUUAGAGAAGCUAAAAAGGAAAGAGAAGAAGAAGAAGAAAAGCGUGGCUGGGAAGGAGGAGAAUGCAGACACUGACCAGGAGAAGAAAGAAGAAAAGGGCAUCUCAGAGAAAGAAAACAAUGGAUUAGAAGUGGAAGACAAUCAGGAAGGGAGUGAUCAUGAGGAGGAGGAAGAAGAGGAGGAAGAGGAAGAUGAAGAAGACGAUGACAUGGAAGGAGGGGAAAGCUCUGAUGAAUCUGACUCAGAGUCAGAUGAAAAAGCUAACUAUCAAGCCGACUUAGCAAAUAUCACGUGUGAAAUUGCCAUUAAGCAGAAACUGAUUGAUGAAUUAGAAAACAGCCAGAAGCGGCUGCAGACACUGAAAAAGCAGUAUGAGGAGAAGCUGAUGAUGCUGCAACAUAAGAUCCGGGACACCCAGCUGGAAAGAGACCAGGUGCUGCAGAAUUUAGGCUCGGUGGAGUCAUACUCAGAAGAAAAGGCAAAGAAAGUGAAGUGUGAAUAUGAAAAGAAGCUCCAUGCCAUGAACAAAGAGUUGCAGCGGCUACAGACAGCCCAGAAGGAGCAUGCCAGGUUGCUGAAAAACCAGUCUCAGUAUGAAAAGCAGCUAAAGAAACUGCAGCAGGAUGUCAUGGAAAUGAAGAAAACAAAGGUUCGCCUAAUGAAACAAAUGAAAGAAGAACAAGAGAAAGCCAGACUGACAGAAUCUCGGCGAAACAGAGAAAUUGCUCAGCUGAAAAAGGAUCAACGCAAAAGAGAUCAUCAGCUUAGACUUCUAGAAGCCCAGAAGAGAAAUCAAGAAGUAGUUCUACGACGAAAGACUGAGGAGGUUACAGCUCUCCGUCGCCAAGUACGGCCCAUGUCUGAUAAAGUAGCUGGGAAAGUCACUCGGAAGCUGAGUUCAUCUGACAGCCCUGUUCAGGACACGGGUUCCAGUGCUGCAGGGGAAGCAGAGGCAUCAAGGGCAGGCACGCAGCAGAAAAUGAGAAUCCCUGUGGCAAGGGUUCAGGCUUUACCAACACCUACAACAAACGGAACCAGGAAUAAAUAUCAGAGGAAAGGACUGACUGGCCGGGUGUUCACUUCCAAGACAGCCCGCAUGAAAUGGCAGCUGCUCGAACGCCGGGUGACCGACAUCAUCAUGCAGAAAAUGACCAUUUCCAACAUGGAGGCUGACAUGAACAGACUCCUCAGGCAACGAGAAGAACUCACAAAAAGGCGAGAGAAACUUUCAAAAAGGAGAGAGAAGAUAGUCAAAGAGAGCGGAGAGGGAGACAAAAAUGUGGUUAACAUCAUCGAAGAGAUGGAGUCCCUAACUGCGAAUAUAGAUUACAUCAAUGAUAGCAUUGCUGACUGUCAAGCUAACAUCAUGCAGAUGGAGGAAGCAAAGGAGGAAGGUGAGACAUUGGAUGUCACCGCUGUCAUUAAUGCCUGUACACUUACUGAAGCUCGGUACCUGCUAGAUCACUUCUUGUCAAUGGGCAUCAAUAAGGGUCUUCAGGCUGCCCAGAAAGAGGCUCAAAUUAAAGUACUGGAAGGUCGACUCAAACAGACCGAAAUCACCAGUGCUACACAAAACCAGCUCUUAUUCCACAUGUUAAAGGAGAAAGCUGAGUUAAACCCUGAGCUGGAUGCUUUGCUAGGUCAUGCUUUGCAAGAUCUAGAUAGCGCCCCAGUAGAAAAUGAAGAGGACAGUAGUGAUGAAGAUGCACCUUUACAUAGCCCAGGGUCAGAGGGAAGCACACUGUCUUCAGACCUUAUGAAGCUUUGUGGUGAAGUAAAACCUAAGAACAAGGCCCGAAGGAGAACCACCACUCAGAUGGAGUUGCUGUAUGCAGAUAGCAGUGAACUAGCCUCAGACACUAGUGCAGGAGAUGCCUCCUUGCCGGGCUCUCUGACACCUGUUGCAGAAGGGCAAGAGAUUGGAAUGAAUACAGAGACAAGUGGUACUUCUGCUAGGGACAAAGAGCUUCUUCCCCCAUCUGGCUUACCUUCUAAGAUAGGCAGCAUUUCCAGACAGUCAUCUCUAUCAGAAAAAAACCUGCCAGAGCCUUCCCCUGUAACAAGGAGAAAGGCUUAUGAGAAAGCAGACAAAGCAAAGGUCAAGGAGCACAAACA